AUCCUCCUCCUCGUCCCCCACGUGCUCGGCUUUGUGCCGGCCCUGCCGCCCCUUUCGCUUUCCCUUUCCCCGCCCCGCUCCGCUCCCCAUGGCGGCCUGGCUCAGCCUCAGGCUGGAGGAGGCCGAGGCAGGGGCUGAGGCGCGCUCAUGGCAGUACGACUCCACUUGGGAGGAGGACGACGACGACGAGGAGGAAGAGGAGAAGGAGGAGGAGAAAGAGGAGGAAGAGGAGAAGGAGGAGGCUGGCGAUGAAGACCGGCUGGAGGAUGCGGAGGAGCCGGCGAGGGGCUCCCGGCAGGCCCAGUCUAGCUGGUGUGCUAUACUCCAGAAGCUACUAAAGUGUUUUUUCAAUAAGGAGGAGCAAAGAAGAUUAAAUUUGUCACCGUUGUCUCAGAUGGGUUUUCAGUUCUCAGGCAGGCGCAACUGGGAUGCAGCAAGAGACUUGCAGAGAUACAGGCAUCAUUACCCGGGUUUGAUAGAAUCAGAAAAUGAGGAGGAAGAACAGAUGUGGAACUUGAGCUUUUACAAAAAUGAAAUUUCUUUUUUGCCUCAGGGUUUGCAUAUUGAAACUCUGCUUGAAUUGUGGUGGGACAACUUUGAAGUUCUGGAAGAAAACCAUUCGUACAUACAGUGGCUAUUCCCUUUACGUGAACGUGGGAUGAACUUGCGUGCCAAACCACUAACGCUUCAAGAAAUUGAGGCUUUUAAGAAAUCUGAGGAAGUCAUGGAAAGGUUUAUACGCGCUUAUCAGCUCAUGUUGAGAUUUUAUGGAAUAAUUCUGACUAACCAGGAGACUGGAGAACUCAAGAGAGCAGAGAAUUGGGCUGAAAGAUUUCAAAACUUGAACUGGUUUAGCCACAACAAUUUGCGGAUCACUCGCAUUCUGAAGUGCCUGGGGGAGAUGGGAUAUGAACACUAUCAAGUGCACUUGGUAAAGUUUUUCCUAACUGAAACUCUUGUUAAGGAGACGUUACCAAAUGUCAAGAGAAGUGCCUUGGAUUACUUUCUAUUCACUGUCAGAAGCAAGCAGAAGAGAAGGGAACUAGUGCACUAUGCGUGGCAACACUACAAACCUCAAAGCAGCUUUGUAUGGGGGCCGCAUGACAAACUCUCAAAGUACAGACCCCGCUCUGCCAAGUCACAGCUGCACCAAACUGUUGGAAGUAAACAGGAAGAACCUGGUAGAAAAUGUGAUGAUUCUGUGGAAAAGGGUCAGAACCCAUCUCUAGAGGAAGAACAGCAAGCUGGAGGUGCUGCAGACUUGUGGCCUAAAGCGAAUGAAGAGGACACGAGAGAGAGGUUAAGUGAGUGUGUUUCAGAGGGAGGAGAUGGUGAAGAUGAGAAGGAAGCUUUGUUUACCCAGCAGGAAGAGAAUGAUUUCAGCAGUAAGGCUGAAGCGCAGGGUAUGGCAGAGAAUGAUUGUGCAAAGGAGAGCAAGAAGAGAAAACUGGAUGCAAAUACGGCAGACAAUAUAAAGAGUGGAUCAUUGAAAAGCCCUCCUGAUAUUGAGAAAAUUUCCCGUAAUCUGGGUGAAUGUGCACUUGAUGCAGAAAUCUCCCCCUCAAGUUCCCUCUUACAAACAGAAGAGGGCCAGGAAACGCUGAAAGAAGACGAUGUGAACACCAAAGACUUAACAGUGCCAGAGACUGCUGAUGCCACCGUAAAACGGAGGAAAGUUGAUAAAAGAACACACAGAAACAAAACAUUCAGCUUGGCCAUAAACCUGAACAUGGGGCUGCCUGCCCGCAGUGCCCAGUUGCAUCCACCUGUGUCAAACGCAAAGGCUGAAGAGGAAAAAGUUGGUGAGAAAAAAACAGCUGUGGAGGAGAUGGGUGAGAAGGGUGGGGGUGACACAAACAGUGGGGCUCUGAGCUGCCCAGCUGGUUCCGUGCUCCCUAAGACUAGCUGGACGUCUCCAUUAAGUGACGGCUUGGAGUCAGGUGCAGAUCAAGUCACAGCAAAGAGUGACCAGCACCUCUGUGAUAGCAUGCUCCUGGGAAGGAAAAGUGAGGCAGAUGGGAUAGAACAGCAUAAAAGGGCAGCGAACGCAAGUGAAGUAGAGGAAGCAAAAGCCACGAGCAAGAAACAAGUUCCAGGGAGUCUUGAACAGAAUAUGGCAUCCACUUGUCCUGAACAAGACAGUGCUGAGCUUGCAAUACAGAAAACUGAUAACUCUGAGCAUGCAGCAGAACCUGAUGAAGAACAGGUGGCAGAGUGAGACUGGCAUAGCAAACACUUGAGCAAGCAGAGAUGAGAUUGCCCUAACUGCUGGGAGCUAGCUUUACGGAUCUGUACACCACAGGUGCAUGGAAAAAUAAACUUUGUUUGGACUGAUCCAGGCUAGACCCUGUGUCACUUUCAGCCUUCCACACUUUUUUAUAAGUCAUCUGUAGUGAUUUCAUUGAGAACGAGCUCUUGGUUACCCUGAAAAUGAGUCGUCAUCCUAAACAGGCUGCGUCCUGUUCCUGUUUCUGUCUGAUGUUCAGAACUAUCAUGGAGCAACAGGGAUUUUUGCACUUUGCUUUGGUUCUGGUGUGUCCCUUUUCAAAGAAGAGGGAAAUUAAUCCGAUUCCUUGUUUGAACUAGAAAAGUAUUUAUAAAACACACAAAAUUUACUGUAAGAUAGCAUGCCUGAUUUGCCAGACCUUUGUGUUUCUAUUUCUGCUUCUAUUACCAUGGAACUUCUUUAUCAUUUUGCAUCAUGUGGGAGUGUAGUUGCCUCUCCUCCUGUAAGAAAAUAGGUUUGAGUUCAGACUGGGAUAAAACGUGUGGCCAUAAGGUGUCUCUGAACAGUAUUAACCUGUGUGUCCAGAUACUGUUCUCCAGGGUGCAGAAACGUUGGGUAACUGUUCCCUUUAUCCUCAGCAGAAGUUGCUUCUUAGUGCUUCUUAGAUUUGCUAAGAAUACAAAUUGUCUGGUUUCUAAGAGAAACCUUCGGGCUUUGUGUAAAGCUGACUGGAGCUCUUCUUCCCUGUCUUUUUCCACCACCUUCAGGAGCUUGAUAGUCUUCCACAGCUAUUUAUGUCCGCUACUAGUUCAAAGGUCUCUCUUCCUCGAUUGCUAAAACAGAAUAAAUAGUUUUUGUCACUGCAUCUCUUCAGAUUUUGGUGUUGCUUUGAGAUGGCCUCCGGGGCUAUCUUUCCUGCAGGCCUGCUGAACGCAGCUAGCUGUCUCAAAUCUCACCCGCUUCCUAGUUGUGGCAGGAUUGUUCUACCAUUAAUGAUCAGCAUGUCAGACGGCGAGGGCACGUUCGAGUGCAGCGUGUCUGCUAACCACUUGGGGCUUUGUUGUGGGCCGCUUAAUUGAAGCUUUAAUUGGUGGGGGUACGCUUGUCUGGUUCAUUGAUUUACAGCCCUUAAGAAUUUACUUUCAGCCCUUGCCAGCUCCUUGCCUGCCUUAAUGUUACUGACCUCUCUGCUAGCUGUUCUGCCUGACUUGUACAGGAUUCAACCAAGUCUGAAGGAGCACUGAACAAUUUAGCACUUUUGCUCCGUGAGGUUUACAACAGAGGACGUGUUUCAUGAAGCAGAGGAAACAUUUUCAACAGCCAGAAGGUCUGGACUCGCUGUUUGCCCAGCUUGUUUGUUUUAGUUUUGGGGUUUUCAGGUGCUGUUUGUUUUGUGUAGGGGAUGGCUAGGGGCUUGCUUGCCUCAUCAGAGAGCAGAUGCAGUAGCCUGUGCAAUGUCAAUGUCUUUCCUCUCUCUGCUACAGCUCUUCAGAAGUUCAUCUUUCAAGGAAUUUGAUCUGUGAUUGGCCUUCUCAGACUGUAGGCCCUGGUGCAGCAUGCCACAUCCAUGCGUGUGGGGAUAAAAAAAAAAAAAGUCUGCAAGCUUCUUAUUUAAUGCUCAUGGUCACACACAUGCUGGAAAAAGGCUUUAAUGUUUUUUAAAUAACUUUCUUAUGAAAAGAUGGUGUUAAAUUGCCAAUAAGAAUACUUAAAUACAGAUAUAAAUACUUGAAGAUGUGGAGUGAAAAUUCUUUAAUAAAAGAUAAGUAAAAAAUUGUUAAUCAUGGCUUUUGUACAGAUUUAUAGUAAUUUUGUUAUUUAAUGAAGUUUUCAUUGUGAACACAUGCUCAGUCGGGGCAUAGCUCAUAAAUCUGGUGUGGUGAUGUUCAGUUUCUUUUGUGUUUAAUGGGGUUUCACUGUGAGCCCUAGUCUGGAGUGCUCAAAACGAGCUGUUCCCUACUGUGGCCAGUUCAGAGUUUCGGCUGUAGGUGUUUGCAGCGAGUUCACGGGCUGUAUUCUCCAGCACUCGGAGCUGUAUGACAGUGUUACAUUAAUGUCACCUAUUAAAGCAUGACUUCAAUGCAUACCGGUUUCCUUACGUUUUUUUCGUCCUUGAGGGCAGGACAUGGCCGUGUGCCUGGUCUGCCAGCCUACCCUGUAGCCAUCUGCUGCUGCUGGGGCACCUUUAGCAUUUCCAAGCACAGCUGGUAACGCCGAGGUCUGGUGGGCUGCGUUAACGUUGAACUGCUCCUUAUUCCAUCUGGAGGUGGUGAGCAGUUCUCCUCCGCUACCGUAAAACGUGGCUAGUGAGUGUUUGUGGGGAAAAGACGCUCCCCAAUUCAGGUUUAACGUUGUGCUGCAAAAUGUUUCAAUAUGCCUUGUCUUGGCUCUGUGCUGGCGUUCUCCCAGCUGUGCAUUGGGAAAGCCGUGGUGAUGCUCUGUGGAGGAGCAAACCAGGGCUUUGCUUAGGGCUAGCAGGCAGGAGGGCAGCUCUGCAGGGGGUGUAUGGGGGCUUUAGCUCUGCUGGGCCCUUCUCUUUAGGACACAAGCAGAGUCUCUGUGGUAAAGACUUGUGUAAGUCCCUGUGUCCAUGCAGCUGUGCUCCCCCUGCCUCUGGAAGGAGUUGGGGACUUCGAGAUGAAUACUUCCAGGGCUUUUCCCUUUUCCCUCGCAGGCUCAGCUCACAGCAGCCCUCCAAGCUCUGGCUUACUAUGAGCAAAGUGCAGCAACCAAAGGUGCUGGAGCACACAUCGAUUUGUGCUCAUCACUUCCUGCUGGGUCAUCACUUCAGUAAACCCUUUUGGAGCUGAAGACGCCAUCCUUCCCUCGUCUUGCCCAACAAAUGCAUGUUGCCACAGAGUGGAGCUGGGGAAGAUGAUUUGCUUUGCCUUCCCUCUUGCUCUGUGUGAAGCAGUUCCUGCAACCACUGCUCUCCCUCAGUGGGGUCUGUGGUGUCCAAUAAAGCAUUUGGUUUACUUUGAAGCCACCAGAACACAUACAGAUACACAUUCCCUUUCUGUCCCCAGCUGCCUGUUCCAGAAAUUCUGGCAGAGACUAGGUAAAUGUUUGAGCUCUCCGUCCGCUGUCAGAGCUGGUGGAAUAUUGGCUGCUGGGGAACUGGACAGGCGCUCAGUGUUUGCUCAUACAAGCCUCCUGGCAGAAGGAUGUCAAACCGAAAUCCACUACUUCAUUUUUAAAGCUUUGCUUUUCCAUUUCUGCUCUCUUGCUAACCAAAUGAGCUGCGUUAUUUCAGUCCUGAUGUGUAUUUCCACUGUCUCUCCACUUGCGAGCUCUGCUUUGGAUGAAGUUGUCUUUAACUGAUGAAGUAUGAAACUAUUUGUAGGAGGUGUUUCUUUGUUCUGUUUCAAAUCCCCUAGCUGGUAACUGUCACGCUUCCUUCCUUGUAAAUAUUUCAAAGGCAGU